AUGGAUUUCCUCCAGCGCCUCGCCCGCUUCCUUGACCGCCCCCUCUUCCCUUGGAAGAAACUCAUCCUCGGCUUCUCCAUCGGCCAGUACCUCUUCGAGUCCUUCCUCACCCUCCGCCAGUACCGCAUCCUGCAGCAGCCCAAGCCGCCCGCCGUCCUCUCCAAGGAAAUCUCCCAGGAAACCUUUGACAAGUCGCAGGCUUAUGGCCGUGCCAAGGCCCGCUUCGAAAUCGUCAGCGGCCUCUGGGCUCAGAUUCAGAAUGUCGCCUUUGUCCAGCUCGACGUCCUUCCCGCCAUGUGGUCCUGGACCGGCUCUCUCUUGCUCAAGUGGGCCCCUGCUCGCUUCACGGGCGAAAUCAGCCAUUCCAUCAUCUUCGUCUUGACCUUCAUCAUCCUUCAGCAGCUGUUGAACUUGCCCACCCGCCUUUACAACACCUUUGUCCUCGAGGAGAGCUUCGGCUUCAACAAGCAGACUCCCAAGCUCUUCGUCACUGACAUGAUUAAGACCAACCUGCUGACCGCCGUCAUCAUGCCCCCCAUCCUCGCCGCCUUCCUCAAGAUCAUCCAGAAGACGGGCACUCAGUUCGUCUUCUACCUUUGGAUCUUUGCCGCCGGUCUGCAGCUCUUCACCACCACCGCCUAUCCCAUCUUCAUCCAGCCUCUCUUCAACAAGCUUUCGCCCCUCGAUGAGGGAGCGCUCAAGACAAAGGUCGAGGAACUCGCCGCCAGCCACAAGUUCCCCCUACAGGAGCUCUUCGUCAUUGACGGCAGCAAACGCAGCGCCCACUCCAACGCCUACUUUUAUGGUCUCCCCUGGAAGAAGCACAUUGUCAUCUACGAUACGCUCAUUGAGAAGAUGGACACCUCGGAGAUCAUUGCCAUCUUGGCCCACGAGCUGGGCCACUGGAAGCUCGGCCACACGACCCGCCUCUUUGGCAUUGCCCAGGCCCACCUCCUCUACGUAUUCAGCCUCUUCUCCGUCUUCAUCAACAACGCCUCCCUCUACUCGGCCUUUGGCUUCCGCGUCCAGCACCCCAUCGUCAUCGGCUUUAUCCUCUUCUCCGACGCCCUGUCCCCCAUGGACACUGUCAUCAAGCUGCUCCUCAACAUCCUCUCCCGCAAGUACGAGUUCGAGGCCGACGACUUUGCCAAGCGCCUCGGCUUCCGCGGCGAACUUGCCUCCUCCCUCAUCAAGCUCCACGCCCAGAACCUCAGCACCAUGGACGCCGACUGGAUGUAUGCCAGCUACCACUUCUCCCACCCCCACCUGUCGGAGCGCCUCAAGGCUCUCGACUGGAAGCCCAAGCAGGCCCUUACGAGCGAAAAGGACAAGGAGGGUGUUGUCAAGGCGAGCGGUCGCGAGGAGUUGUAG